AUACUGAAUAAGGAGCACAUUCUGUAAAAGGACUUCUUCUGAUUUCUUGACAAAAUGGAUGUUCGAUUUCCGCCCUAUAUCUUUUCAAUGCCACAUUUAAUUUAUAACUCAUGGUUGAGCUUAAAUGCUCCAAAACUGGCUCAGCUGCAAUUACAGUCCAUAAAACUUGUUGGUCAAGAUAAAUCUAUUAAUCAAAGUGAACUACCUGUGAAUAGUGAAAACAUAAGCAUCAGAGUUGAAACUGAAACAAAUAUUGAUUCAUUGGCUAAAGAAGAGAAACUGUCUGAACAUGUUCACGACGAGAAAGCAGAUAAGAUUGAGAAAACAUCGGAAGAUAAUGAUACGUCGACACUUCUAAAACUGAAACGUCGUGUUGCCUGUGACAUCUGUUCGAAAUCAUUUUGUGACAAGGGAGCACUCAAAAUCCAUACAUCAGCAGUACAUCUUCGCGAAAUGCAUACAUGCACCGUAACGGGUUGCGGGAAACAAUUUAGCAGCCGAAGAAGCCGUAACCGUCAUAGUUCGAACAACAACCCAAAAUUGCACAUGCCCGAGUCACUAACCUUAACUGGUUCAGGACUUUCCAUGAAGACUAGUUUGGAUACAUUUUGGCCGACCCGGUUUCUUCUUGGAAAAGAUCAUCCGCUGGAUUUAUCAUUGAAUCUUGUUUAAAACAUUGUUAAUAACUAAAACAGGAAAAUACUUUUACAAAGAAAAAACAAUAAAG